GGAAGAGACAAGACACUGACUCUCCUUCUCUCUCAGACACACAUCGCCUCUCUCUUCUGCUUCAUUUAAUUGGUUUCCGUAACCUAAUUUCCACCUUUUUAUAAUUUAAUUCUCUCACUAUCUCCGAUCCCAACUUCCCACCUCCUUCUUCUUCCCCCUCACUUUUUCUCGGGAAAAUCUUACAUUAUUUUCUCGAGAAAAUUUUAAAAUUAUUUUUUUUCACGGUUUCAAUUUUCUACAGAAUUUCGAGAAUAAUUCUCCCAAAGUUUCUCUCUUUUCAAUAGAAUCUGACGUAAUCUCGAUAAAUUCCCCACCUUUUUCUUCAAUGAAGCUGAGAAAAUCAUCAUUCCAUAGCCGCCCCAGAUGAAAAAGUUAACUCCUUUCGGUUCGAUGUGGACCUCCACGUUUUCAAAUACCCAUCUCUCAACUUAACUCCAAACAAUUCCCCCCAAAAAAAAACAUGGUUUCUGGUGUCGGCGGCGCCGGAGCAAGCGGCGGCGGCCGUGGUCGUGGCCGUGGAGACACAGCUUCCUCAAGCCACCACACUCUCCACGCACAAUCCUCAGGAACCAAAUCUCUCAAACCCCAAAGCCACACGGAGUCAAUGAGCAAAGCCAUACAACAAUACACAGUCGACGCGAGGCUCCACGCCGUCUUCGAACAAUCCGGCGAGUCUGGCAAAUCCUUCGACUACUCACACUCCCUCAAAACGACGACGUACUGCUCCUCCGUCCCCGAGCACCAGAUCACCGCCUACCUCUCCAGGAUCCAGCGCGGAGGCUACAUCCAGCCUUUCGGUUGCAUGAUCGCCGUCGACGAGGGCACUUUCACCAUCAUUGCCUACAGUGAGAACGCGAGGGAGAUGUUAGGACUCACUCCACAGUCUGUUCCUAGCCUCGAGAGGCCAGAGAUUCUCGCUAUGGGAGUAGACGUUCGCUCUCUCUUUACACCCUCAAGCUCUGUUCUCUUGGAGCGUGCCUUCGUGGCGCGUGAGAUCACUCUCUUAAACCCGGUUUGGAUACACUCCAAGAACACUGGUAAGCCCUUUUAUGCUAUUCUCCAUAGGAUCGACGUUGGAGUUGUUAUCGAUUUGGAGCCCGCUAGAACCGAAGAUCCAGCUCUCUCUAUAGCUGGAGCUGUGCAGUCUCAGAAGCUCGCAGUUCGAGCUAUCUCUCAGUUACAGUCUCUCCCCGGAGGAGACAUCAAGCUUCUCUGCGACACUGUAGUUGAAAGCGUUAGGGACUUAACCGGCUACGACCGUGUGAUGGUCUACAAGUUUCACGAAGACGAGCAUGGAGAGGUUGUUGCUGAGAGUAGGAGAGAGGAUUUAGAGCCUUACAUUGGUUUACAUUAUCCCGCUACUGAUAUUCCACAAGCGUCACGGUUCUUGUUUAAGCAGAACCGUGUCCGGAUGAUUGUUGAUUGUCACGCUACGCCUGUUCUUGUGGUGCAAGACGAUAGGUUGACUCAGUCUAUGUGUUUGGUUGGUUCCACUCUUAGAGCUCCUCAUGGUUGUCACUCUCAGUAUAUGGCUAACAUGGGGUCUAUCGCGUCUUUAGCGAUGGCGGUUAUAAUAAACGGUAAUGAAGAAGAUGGGAGUGGGAGUGGGAGAAGCUCUAUGAGGCUUUGGGGUUUAGUUGUUUGUCACCACACUUCUUCUCGCUGUAUACCGUUUCCUUUAAGGUACGCUUGCGAGUUUCUGAUGCAGGCGUUUGGUUUGCAGCUGAACAUGGAGCUGCAGUUAGCUUUGCAGAUGUCUGAGAAGCGUGUUUUGAGAACGCAGACGCUGUUGUGCGACAUGCUUCUGCGUGACUCCCCUGCGGGGAUCGUCACGCAGAGUCCUAGUAUCAUGGACUUGGUGAAGUGUGACGGUGCUGCGUUUCUUUACCAUGGGAAGUAUUAUCCAUUAGGUGUUGCUCCGAGUGAGGCUCAGAUAAAAGAUGUUGUUGAGUGGCUGCUCGCGAGCCAUGCUGAUUCGACUGGUUUGAGCACUGAUAGUUUAGGCGACGCGGGGUAUCCAGGUGCAGCUGCGUUAGGCGAUGCAGUGUGCGGUAUGGCGGUUGCGUGUAUCACUAAAAAGGAUUUUUUGUUCUGGUUCCGUUCUCAUACAGCUAAAGAGGUUAAGUGGGGAGGCGCUAAGCAUCAUCCAGAGGAUAAAGAUGAUGGGCAAAGGAUGCAUCCUCGUUCUUCUUUCAUUGCUUUUCUUGAAGUUGUUAAGAGUAGGAGUCAGCCGUGGGAGACUGUGGAGAUGGAUGCGAUUCAUUCGCUGCAGCUGAUUUUAAGAGACUCUUUUAAAGAAGCUGAGGCAGCAGCUAUGAACUCUAAAGGUGCGGUUCAGGCUUGUGGAGGAGAGCAGGGGAUUGAUGAGUUAGGUGCUGUUGCAAGAGAGAUGGUUAGACUUAUUGAGACAGCAACUGUGCCGAUAUUUGCUGUUGACUCUGGAGGAUGUGUAAAUGGAUGGAACGCUAAGGUUGCGGAGUUGACUGGUCUCUCUGUUGAUGAGGCUAUGGGGAAGUCUUUGGUUUCUGAUCUAAUAUACAAAGAGAAUGAAGAAACUGUUGAUAAGCUCAUUUCUCGUGCGUUGAGAGGAGAUGAGGACAAGAAUGUGGAGGUGAAACUGAAAACUUUCAGCCCUGAGCUACAAGGGAAAGCGGUUUUUCUAGUUGUGAACGCAUGUUCUAGCAAGGACUACUUGAACAACAUUGUCGGCGUGUGUUUCGUUGGACAAGAUGUUACUGGUCAGAAAAUCGUUAUGGACAAGUUCAUCAACAUACAAGGAGACUACAAAGCCAUUGUCCAUAGUCCAAACCCUUUGAUUCCGCCAAUCUUUGCAGCAGACGAGAACACAUGCUGUCUUGAGUGGAACACUGCGAUGGAAAUGCUCACUGGUUGGUCUCGUGGAGAAGUGAUUGGUAAAAUGCUUGUUGGUGAAGUGUUUGGGAGCUGUUGCAGGCUUAAAGGUCCUGAUGCUUUGACAAAGUUCAUGAUUGUAUUGCAUAAUGCCAUCGGUGGGCAAGAGACAGAGAAGUUCGCUUUGCCUUUCUUUGACCGGAAUGGGAAGUUUGUCCAGGCUCUAUUGACUGCUAACAAGAGGGUUAGCCUCGAGGGGAAGGUCAUUGGAGCUUUCUGUUUCUUGCAGAUUCCUAGUCUUGAGCUGCAGCAAGCUUUAGCAGUCCAGAGAAGGCAGGACACAGAGUGUUUCACAAAGGCCAAAGAGCUCGCUUACAUUUGUCAGGUGAUAAAGAGUCCUUUGAGUGGUUUGCGUUUCACAAACUCGUUGAUGGAAGGUACAGAGUUGAACGAGAAUCAGAAACAGUUUCUUGAAACCAGUGUUUCUUGCGAGAAGCAGAUCUCUAGGAUUGUUAGUGAUAUGGAUCUUGAAAGACUUGAAAACGGUUCGUUUGAGCUAGAUAGAGAGGAGUUUUACCUCGGAAGUGUCAUCAAUGCUAUUGUAAGCCAAGCGAUGUUCUUGUUAAGGGAGAGAGGUCUUCAGCUGAUCCGUGACAUUCCUGAAGAGAUCAAAUCAGUAGCUGUUUAUGGAGACCAGACAAGGACUCAACAGCUUUUAGCUGAGUUUCUUCUGAGUAUAAUCCAGUAUGCACCGUCCCAAGAGUGGGUAGAGAUCCAUCUAAGCCAAGUUUCAAAGCAAAUGGCUGAUGGUUCCUCUACUAUCCGCACAGAAUUUAGAAUGGCGUGCCCUGGUGAAGGUCUACCACCAGAGCUUGUCCGAGACAUGUUUCAUAGCAGCAGGUGGACAAGCCCUGAAGGGUUAGGUCUAAGCGUGUGUAGAAAGAUUCUAAAGCUAAUGAACGGUGAGGUCCAAUACAUCAGAGAGUCAGAACGCUCGUAUUUCCUCAUCAUUCUUGAACUCCCUGUUCCUCCUUUGUCAAUCGGUAGCGGCGACAUGAUGUUGAUGAUGACAUAGUAGUCACACUUACAUUGUUGAGAGAGUUUGUAUCAUUGUUGCAUGUGUAUGUGUUUGUGAGUCUAACGACACUGAAGGAGGAUAGAGAGUCUUUUUGUUUCCUGUGAGAUUAGUAGAGAAGAGGAGAGAUUGUUUGCCUUUUGACUUGCUGGAAAAGAAAACAUAACAUGUAGUUAUAGAGUCUGCAACUGCAAGGCUUGUUUUCUCUUUUGUUUGCACUUUUGUAUAUUUGAUAACUUUGAGAGGCAAACAUAUGAAAAAGAAGAAGAGAGGUAUUUGAUUGACCAAUCCUUUAUAAUUGUAACUACUCUACAACAAGUUACGU